AAUUUCUUCUGUCUGAAAAAAAAAAGAAGAUGAAUUGCAAAAAAAAAAAAAAAAAGACACGACAUAAUUUGAAAACAAAAGGGUAGGUAAUUAUCCUUCUAACAACACAUUUGUAUCGUCCUGCAACCAAACUUUGUCUAAUUUCUCUCUCUCUCUCUUUCUCUGUUUCUAACUAUUCGCUUGUAAAGAAAAAAAAUAAAAAAAUAAAAAAGUAAAAAAAUAACAUUGCUUAAAUAAAUGGUGUCAAUGUCGAGCAACGAGCUAAUUUCAAAGGCUAACUUACUAUAAUCGCUCAUUAUGGAACAUGAAGCGCCGCAUAGUCCACAACGUAGACGCGAGAGGCUGAAUCUAAGAAUGAAGAGUCUCAGCUUGGAUUCCCCGGAGGGUACUGCACACGUUCGACAUCGUCCACGAGAUUAUUACGUCGGUGGCCAGAGAGAAUCAACGCCACCCAGGCAUUCAGACAGUGGAAGCAUCAAUAGAUUAUCGCCAUGCAGUCCAGGCCAGGGCCACAACGUUCAUAAACACAUCAGAGGAGCCAUCAGGAUGUCCAGUAUGGAGCUACCCGAUGAAAAUGAGAAAUCUUAUUCGUCUGCAAGCACCUCACCCUGCCCCUCACCACACACCAAUAAUCAAAAUCAUAUGAAUCCACCCGGGAAACGCGUGUUGCCUCCCAACAAUCUCUAUGUGGUGCUUUAUAACUUCGAGGCGCGGCAUCGAGAUGAAUUAGACUUGAAAGCUGGUUACAAAGUGACGGUAAUCGACAAAUCGGAGAAGGAUUGGUGGAAGGGAAAGUGUUUGGGCGGCCGAGUGGGUUACUUUCCCAGCGCGUACGUCAUGCGGGUGGAGUCCGGGCAGAAAACGCUUCAGGUUACCCGUAACCUGCAAUUGACCGAUCAAAUUACCCUACUUCGCGAUCAGAUCGUGAUUCAGGUUGGCGAGGAGGUAGAUGGCGUGGCGAUGGUUCGCUGCGCGGCAGACGUGAGAUCAGCGGACCACACGGGCAAGGAGGGGGAGGUGUUGUACAAGGAAACUCUGUGCCCGUUGAAAUAUCUUCAGGAGGUGUGACAGCAACCCCGGCAGCCAAGCGAGCGACAGAAUCGCGCAAGUCUUCGUGAGAGAUUCUCGGCUUCGGCGCGACGUAACGCGGUUGAAAAGUAUUACGAUUGCCUGCAAUGUGCCGAGCAGUGCCGCCACGUGACCACUGUUGUCGUCAACAACAACAAUAAUCCCGGCGUGAACGCGAACAAUAAUAAUAACUUGAAGCUGGUCAAGACCGCGAAGGGGAACAAUCUGAUUCUGAAGGAGAACUAUAGAGCGGCAAAUAACGCCAUAAACUCGUCAUCGUUGAAGGAGAAUGCGAAAAUUUUGGCUCGUCUGGACGAGGGAAGGGUUUCGAAGAAUUCCAAGAGUGGUGGUAACAAUCUAGUGGCAGUGAGACCAACCGUGAAAAACCAACCGUUACCUCUAACCCCGGCCAAAAAGAGAUCGUCCCUGGCUCGUCCCGUUCGUGUCCACGAUUCUUUCGCUCAGCCGAGAAAGUUGUUGCCAAUGAAUUACGCCUUCCAGACGUUGCAGAAGUCUGGCAACGAGUCUACAUAUGAAGAGGACGAGUACAAGGAGAGCGGUUGGCCGAUUCGGCUGAGGCUCGAGCAGAUGCUCGAGCUCACCUUGCCGCAGACC